GCUCUGAAUAUUUAGCCGAAUUAGCUACCGAGAUUGCGGAAAUGGUGGCUGCCACAAGAAAUGCGAUGAAGGAAUUUAUAAACACGAGAAUGAUUAUUACUCUUUCCAGAGCCCCAAGUGUGGGGCUUAUGUUUUUUGACUACGGAAUGGCGAAAAAACCGAAGAAUGAUAUUGCGAAAGUUCCCGAAUUAGAGGAUUUUUGUCUUUGUGCAGAUUGCGAGAUGAAAAGAGAGGCUAGAGAGCCUGAGGGAGGAAACCAUUAG